GCACCAUACGAUCUUAACGAUCUUAUAUGGGUAUUAAUGCUGCGCCACUGAAUUAGGUUACAACACAAUCGUAUUUAACGCGAAACUCUUCACGAACAAAAUAACCUUUUAAUCAUGUCCAGUUUCUAUGGUAACCCAAGUUUUGCAAGUUUAAAAAACUCAAUUCCUCAAGCUGCUGAUGGAGAAAUUGGACGUAUUUCGCGUACUCUCGCUCGUUUAGUUAAAACCAUUUUACGCGAAAGUUCAAAUACAGCAAAUAAGGCAAGCUGUAAAGGCACUCCUACCUCUGAGGUAGGUAAAAACGCCGAGCUGUCAUCACGUCAACAGCAAAUUUUCGAAUAUUGUAUGAGGAUAUUGGGCAGGUAAAUUGCCCUAGACCUUUACAAAUUCAAGUACGAACUACUCAGUUCAGUCUUGCUUUUUUUACGUCGAAAAGCAAGAUAAAACCAACAAAAAUGUUUAUUAACUUAGUUUGUUUCUUCUAUCAGUCGAAUGACUCCUUCGGUAGUGAGUGAUGAACUACAUGUAUCCGAUCUUAUUAAAAAAAAAUUGGCUCGUGAACACAAAUCGUCGGCAAAAGCUUUACGAUUCGCAAAUUUAUUCUCUAAAUUGCAAUCUCAGACAACUAUAACGAGGAAAUGGUCAAUAUUGUAUUUUUUAUUAUCAUUAAGCGAUCAAUCUAACAUUAGUGAACCUAUUGAACAAGCGUUUUCAUAUCGUGGUUUACAAAAUUUAUCCAAUUUUCGUAAUAUUGAAACAAAUAAACAACCAUAUGAAGAGGAGGCAAAUCGAUUCAUUCCAAACGUUCCCUCUUCAUCUAAGGUUUCUACUAUUAAAGUUUCAAAAGAAGAAGAAUUGCCUCCUAGAAUCAUUUUGAUAAAGCAAUUAGCAGAAUUUGAGAAUUCUAAUAUCGAAGUGUCUGAAGAAAUGUUGUUACGUGACAUUGUAUUUAUAUUUCAAGGAAUAAAUGGACAAUUUAUUAAAUAUAAUGAAGAGAGCUUAUCAUAUAUAAUCGAUCCAAAGUUAGAUAUUAAUCGAACGACACGUGACCUUUUACAUAGGCUUACAGAAUUAGGAUGGCUCUACAAACGUGUCAAUGAGUUCGUGUCUUUAAAUGUAAAUGAUCCUUCUAUUGGACUUGUUGGUCAGGCUUUCUGUUCCGCCCUACAACGUGAACUGACCGAAUAUUAUAAAUUCAUUGCUGUUUUGGAAGCUCAAGUUACAAAACAAGUUAAAGGGCAACAGAUUCCUUCUCAAGGACUUACCUUAAAACGUCUUUUGGUAUGGACACAAGAGUCACUUUUAAAAUUACGUAUUAUGUCAGUUCUUGUUGAUUGUUGUAAAAAACAAAGAGGUGGAGCAUUGGUUUCGACGAUUUAUAAUUAUACGAAUCAUGGAGAUCCAUUCAUUCAACAAUUUAUUAACAAUACACUUGAAGAGGUAUCGCGCCCAUUCUUUGAAAUGUUGCAACGUUGGAUAUAUGAAGGCGAAUUGGAAGAUCCUUUUGAAGAAUUUUUCGUUGCUUGUGAUCCUAACGUUUUAGAGGAGAAUUUGUGGCAAUUAAAAUAUGAAUAUCGACAAAAUAUGCAACCAACUUUUAUUAGCACAUUACUUGCAAAAAAAAUAUUUUCCAUAGGAAAAUCCCUUAACUUUAUUCGUUAUAGCUGUCAUGAUAGUGAUUGGGUAGUUACCAAUGGGAAAGCAAAGGGAGCUGAUAAAAUGUUGAAAUACGGUGAUAUUAUAGCACUUGAAAGUUCUAUUGACGCUACGUAUACCGCUACAAGUCAAAGGCUAUUGAAUAUAUUAUUUACUAAAUACAAACUCGAGAAACAUUUGACUGCUUUGAAGCAAUAUUUAUUACUUGGCCAGGGUGAUUUUAUACAACACUUAAUGUUUCAACUGGGACCUGGCCUUUCAAAACCUUCGAAUACUCUUUACCGUCAUAACCUUACAGGUACUUUAGAAGCCGCUAUUCGUGCAUCAAAUGCACAAUAUGAUGAUCCCGACAUUCUUCGAAGGUUGGAUGUUAGACUUCUUGAGGUCUCUUCCGGCGAUAUUGGCUGGGACGUUUUCAGCUUAGAUUACCAUGUUGAUUCUCCUAUAAACACAAUUUUCACACCACAAGAAAUGCAACGAUAUCUUAAACUGUUCAAUUUCCUUUGGCGCUUAAAACGGGUCGAGCAUGAUUUAUCAUCGGCUUGGCGUCGUAAUACGACUAGCGCACGGAGUUUAUAUCAAAUUAAAGAGAUUAAAAAGGAAGUAAAUGCUAGUAGAUUAGUUUGUAGUGAAAUGAUACAUUUUGUGUAUCAAUUACAAUAUUAUAUCUUAUUUGAGGUUAUUGAAUGUUCUUGGGACGAACUUGUAACUGAAAUUGAGAUUGGUAAAAAAUCUGGAGAUUUAGAUUCUCUUAUUGAAGCCCACAAUAAAUAUUUAACGAAUGUCACAACAAAAUGUUUUCUAGGCACCUCAAAUAAUCAGAAUUAUCUAUCAAGACUCUUGAAAAUUAUAGGCCAUAUAUUACAGUACAAGAAUGACGAACUUCAUAAUUUCGCCUUGAAAGAAACCAGCAUUGAUUCUUAUACGCCUAAAACAGAGAGAAUAUGGGGAUAUUCCAAUUUAAAUAAAUCUUCAAAUCAAAACGUCAGAGAAAAUUUUAAACCGAUCAAGGAGCGUUUAGAAGAAGUUGCUGGAUUAUUCAAAGGAGAAGUGGUAAAUCUAUUGACGACUUUGUCUCAUCAUCACGAUACGGAUUUGAGAUUUCUUAGUGUUAGGCUCGAUUUCAAUGAAUUUUACCAAGAAGUUAGCAAAAACAAUGGAAAUAACGUAAACAGUGGGAAAAGAAUGGGUGGCAAUUAAUUUAACAUUUCACAAAAAAUUGUUUAAUGUAAAUUUAAAUCAACUAAUACAUAUUG